CGCGCCGGUCGCGUCAAGUUGUACAUUAGCACGUGGUUGAUUGGACUUCACUGAUGUUAGGUAUCGAAACUUUAUAAAAGGCCAUAAACUGUGAAUCCGACGCGCGAUCCCCACUGUUCUGCUCUCCAGUCUAGCUGCCGGUCAAUCAAUCAAAUAACAAGUAAAAUGUCUCAACCCAAACAAGUUGGUGACUACAGGCUUGGUAAACUCCUCAUUGAGGGUAAAACCAAGCAGGUGUUUGACCUCCCUGACCACCCCGGACACUGCUUGCUGCUGAACAAGGACCGGAUCACCGCUGGGGAUGGCGUUAAGGCCCACGAUCUUAAAGGGAAAGCUGAAAUCUCCAAUCAGACGAACGCCAAAGUUUUCGAGAUUCUGAAUCAAACGGGCUUGAGAACCGCUUAUGUCAAAAUGGCAUCACCUUCAGCUUUCGUAUCGAAGAAGUGCGAAAUGAUUCCCAUUGAAUGGGUGACACGGCGCCUGGCUACCGGGUCCUUCCUCAAGAGGAACCCCGGGGUUCCAGAAGGGUUCCGGUUCACCCCGCCCAAACAGGAGACGUUCUUCAAGGACGACGCCAACCACGAUCCCCAAUGGUCUGAGGAACAGAUAGUCUGCGCUAACUUCAAAUUUAACGGACUUACAAUAGGCCGUGACGAAGUAGACUACAUGCGUAAAGCCACCAUCUUGGUUUUCGAGAUUUUGGAGAAGGCAUGGGCGCUUCGUGACUGUGCUCUCAUUGACAUGAAGAUUGAAUUCGGAGUCGAUACUGAAGGAAACAUCGUUUUGGCUGAUGUGAUUGAUUCCGAUUCCUGGCGGCUAUGGCCCUCUGGCGACAAACGUCUGAUGGUGGACAAGCAGGUUUACAGAAACCUGUCGACGGUGACUGACGCCGACCUGGACAAUGUGAAACGUAACUUCGCCUGGGUUAAAGACCAGCUGGACCACCUGAGACCGACCGUCCACCACAAGGUGGUCGUGAUGAUGGGCUCGACGGCCGAUCAGGAACACUGUCAGAAGAUUGCUAAAGCCGGUCGCGAACUGGGCCUGUCUGUGGACUUGCGCGUGACGUCCGCCCACAAGGCGACGGACGAGACUCUGCGCAUCCUGCAGGAGUACGAGGACACGCACGGCGCCCUCGUGUUCGUCGCCGUGGCGGGGCGCUCCAACGGGCUCGGCCCGGUUCUGUCCGGGAACACGUCCUACCCGGUCAUCAAUUGCCCGCCGCCAUCUGAUAAACUGGUGCAGGAUAUCUGGUCCUCGCUCUCCGUACCGUCGGGCCUUGGGUGCGUUACAGUCAUUUACCCAGACAGCGCCGCGUUGAUGGCCGCCCAAAUAAUUGGACUGCAAGACUACCUCAUCUGGGCUCGCCUCAGGGUCAAACAACUGGAAACGGCGGCUUCAUUGCGAAAGGCUGACAAGAAACUUAAAAAUCUCACUCUUUAAAAAUUUAAAUAUAAGCACAUUUUUCCAUGUUUAUAAAAAUAUAGAAAUCUGAUGUUUUCCGAUUUCUACACGAUAUAAAAUCAUCGUCAUGCUGAUACUCCAAGUAGAAUCCUUAUUUUUAAAUGCCCGCGAAAAUGUCGCCAAUCAUAUUGAGAAAAGAAAAAAAAGACGUUUUUUUAUUGUUUUUUAAAUCUCGUUCGAGAUUAUUUUUUAGCUCAGAACAUUAAUUAGGUAUAUAUUUUCAAGGUCGUCGUGAAUAGAAUUUUAAAGGCCAAGAUAAAAUCUAUUUUUUAGGUAAAUAUGUAAUUGUUACAUAUUACAUACGUUAGAUUUUUAUCAUAAAUGUUAACAGGAUAUUGCUAAGAGUAUACAUAUCAGAAGUUAUGCAAUCGUGUUUCUCCAAAAUUAGUUUAAGUCCUAUAUUAUUACGUUGUUUUGAUAUUAUUAUUGUUAAAACCAGUAUUUUUAACAUUAUAAAACUCAUUUAAAAAGACAUUCCUGACUACAACAAGCCAUUAUUAUAUCUUGUAUGUAGGUGAAUAUGUGCCUUAUUACAUGAUAAGAUCUGUUAUAUUCUAAUUAAUAAUAAAAGUUAUAUAUUUUUA